UUCUUUCAUUUUUUUUAGAGAGCUAAUAAAACAUGAAGAAUCUUCAUAUCCUAAUUCCACUCUUUUUGCCUGCCUUAUUUCUCUUCUCAUGCUUCUCAUCUCUUGUGCUAUCUUUUUCCCUUUGUCAUGCUUAUCUCCAAAACCAAUGCCUUGAUGACCAGAGAGCUGUUCUGUUGCAACUGCACCAUGAUGUUUACUAUGCCCCCAAUUUUACUUUCUCUUCCAAAGUUAAGCUUUGGGAUCUCAACACUGAUUGUUGCGCUUGGAAAGGAAUUACAUGCGAUGCUCUUGGUCAUGUGAUUGGGAUUGAUCUCAGUUACAAAAAUCUUUCAGGAAGCCUUCACUUCAUUUUCAAUCUCCAUCAUCUUCAACGCCUUAAUCUUGCUGCAAACAAUUUUAAUACCACUCUGUUUCAAUAUGAGUUUGAUAGACUCCCAAAUUUAACUCAUCUUAAUCUUUCAAACUCAGGUUUCCAUGGCCAAAUUCCAGUGGGGAUUUCAUAUUUAACAAGGUUAGUCUCCCUUGAUCUAUCUCAUCAAGAUUCUUGCUAUCUACACAAUUACCAAAUUCUUGAUCCAAAUUUCUGGUACGAUGUUCCUUUCAACCUUUAUCAACCUCUGAAACUAGAAAACCCAAACUUCAAGACAUUAAUCCAAAAUUUGAGACCUCUUACAGAGCUCUACUUGGAUAGUGUGAACAUUUCAACUCAAAGUACUAAAUGGUGUGAAGCCACAUCCAUAGUACUUCCCAACCUGCAUGUGUUAAGUCUGUUGAAUUGUGGUUUGACUGGGCCAUUUUGUUCUUCACUCUCAAAACUUCCUUUUCUUUCCAAACUUUUCCUUGGUGGGAAUCCGAUCUCUUAUUUGCCUUCCAAUUUCUUGGAAAUUUCUUCUCAUUUGGUUUCUCUCAGUUUAGUGAAUUGCAAUUUGAGUGGGCAUUUUCCAACAGAAAUUUUUCUGUUGCCAAAAAUAGAAAGCAUUGACAUUUCAGAUAAUUAUGCUCUUGGAGGUCAGUUGCCAGAAUUUCCAUUAAACAAUGCUUUACGGAUCUUAACGAUUUCUUAUACAAAUUUCAGUGGAAAACUGCCAGAAACAAUUGGUAAUCUCAAGUUCUUGACAAAUUUAGAUCUCAGUGGUUGCAAGUUCUUUGGACAAAUUCCAUCAUCAACUGCAAAUCCUACUAACCUUGUGAAACUGGAUCUAUCCUAUAACAAUUUCCAUGGUUUUAUCCCUGCAUUUCAUAGAUCCGGAGGUCCAAAUCUUGCAUAUCUUUUUUUAUCGGGGAACUACCUCUCUGGAUCAAUACAUUCUUCUUUAUUUACUCUCCCAUCAUUGCAGGCCUUGGAUCUUAGUGGAAAUCAAUUGUUUGGUGCAAUUGAUGAGUUUCUCAAUGCAUCUUCCUCCUUGAUUGAAACACUGUCUUUAGGCUACAAUAGCUUUAGUUUCAUGAAGCUUGACAUGUUCUCCCAACUCAAGAACUUAGGGCUUCUUGACCUUCCCAAUACGAGCUUAUCAAUUGAAAGCAACAUCACAAGCCUUGCUUUUCCCCAAUUAGAGGAGCUAGACCUAAAUUCAUGUAACCUUAUUGAAUUUCCAGAAUUCAUCAAAACUCAAGACAAGUUGGUUUUUCUAGGUCUUUCUAACAACCAAAUCCAUGGUUUUGUGCCUAAUUGGUUAUGGAAGACCACCCUUGUAGGGUUAGACCUUUCUUUUAAUGCAAUUGAUUUUUCAACAGAGUUUCCUUUUGGUGAUGCAAACUCCUCUUUUCCAAUGUUGAGUUACUUGCGUUUACGAUUCUGUAACCUAAGUAUGUUUCCAGAGCUUUUAAAGAGUCAAAAUAGUUUAGAAGAUCUUGACCUUUCAAAUAACAAAAUAAGUGGUGCAGUACCAAACUGGGUGUGGAAGAAAAGUUUGAGAUAUCUAGAUCUUUCUAACAAUUCUCUCUCAUCUUUGGACCAAUUUUCACUAAACCAAUCUCUAAACUCUUCACAAGACUCCUUACCAAGACCUGUUUGCAAUUUGAGUAAUCUUUGGAGAUUUAAUGCAUCCUAUAACAAAUUAAGCGGGCCAAUCCCAAGUUGCUUGGGCAAUAUCAGUUCUCUCAGUUAUUUGGAUCUACAAAAAAAUAAUUUCAGUGGCAGCAUGCCAGAUUUUGCAAAAGCAACCCAAUUAAAUUUGCUUCAACUCAAUGAUAAUAAAUUGGAAGGGAAGUUGCCAAGGUCAUUGGCCAAUUGCACAAUACUCCAAGUUUUAAACAUUGGAAACAAUAAUCUGUAUGACACAUUCCCUUCAUGGUUGGGAAAAUUGCCUUGGUUGGUUGUUCUUAUAUUGCGAGCAAAUAGGUUUUAUGGUCCAAUUAAACAUGUGAAAAAUAAUUUUCAAGACUUGGAUGUACUAGACAUUGCUUUCAAUAAUUUUUCUGGUCAGUUACCAAUUGAUUUCUUUCAGGCCACUCAAUUAAGGUCACUCAAAAUUGGUGGGAAUAAAUUGGAAGGAAAUUUGCCGAGGUCAUUAGCCUAUUGCAAAAGCCUUGAAGUUCUGGAUUUUGGAAAAAAUAUGAUACAAGACACAUUUCCUUUUUGGUUGGUGAAAUUGCCUUCUUUGAAGGUUCUUGUACUAAGAGCAAAUAGAUUUUAUGGUCCGAUUAAAAUUUCUAAGGAUGAAACUGUUUUUCCAGAGUUACACAUAUUGGACCUUGCUUCUAAUAACUUUUCAGGUGAGUUACUUAUUUGAUUUUUUCAAUCUUUGAAGGCAAUGAAGAUGAUGAUUGAUUGCUUCUAAUAACUUUUCAGGUGAGUUACCUAUUGGAUUUUUUCAAUCUUUGAAGGCAAUGAAGAUGAUGAUUGAUGGCAAUAAAGCUAAGCCAGAUUAUAUUGGAGAUUAUUACUAACAGGACUCUGUGACAAUUGUGAAUAAAGGGUUUGUAAUUUUUUAUGAGAAAAUCUUAACAAUCUUUGCUUGUCUUGACCUUUCCAAUAAUAGUUUCCAUGGGAGAAUACGGGAAGAAAUACAAAACCUCAAGUCACUCAAAAUGCUAAACCUGUCCUACAACAGCUUCAUUGGCCCAAUUCCCUUAGUACUUGGAAAUUUAACUGAGCUUGAAUCGUUGGACCUCUCUCAGAACAAACUCUCCUGAAAGAUUCCUCCACAGCUUACAAGCCUAACUUUUCUUGAAGUAUUGAAUCUCUCUUACAACCAACUUGAAGGAAGCAUACCACAAAGCUACCAAUUCGAUACAUUUUCAAACGAUUCUUACAAAGGGAACCCAAGAUUGUGUGGGCCACCUUUGACAAUGAAAUGCAAUGAAGUUGGUCUUGGAAUGCCAACCCCUAAGAAAGAUGAAGAUUCAUGGGGAGCUGGUAUAUCUGUUUGGAAAAUCGUAUUGUUUGGGUAUGGAUGUGGUUUGGUGAUUGGGUUAUCUAUUGGAUAUACAGUGCUGAAUGAAAUGGGAAACAAAUGGAUGGAUAGGUUUCCAUGGAAUCGGAAUCGAAAAUGGAGAAGAUCUUCUACGUGACUCUAUCAAAAGUCAAGUUUCAAAGUCAUUUGGAGCACAAGCAAAGGAUGUUUGGCAGGCCAUCCAGAGAUAUAGAAGCUGUUGUUUCGGCUAUCAGAAAUUCCUUUUGGUUUAGAUUCAAUGACAGGAUUGCAGUCUCCUGUUCCACUCUUUCUCUUACACAACAGAAAUUGUGUCUGAAUGUUUUUGUCCUGGUGUUACGGUACUUGUGUCUCAGUUCUUUCUGUUUUGAUCGCCUAAGAUAAAUGGCAGUAUGUCUGGUUGUAUUGUGCUUGUCUUCUGUUCUGUCUAUAAGAUGGUGUUUUACUGCUGAGUUAUAGGGUUCUGCUGUUCACCCUAUUGUGUAAUUCUGUUUUUAUUAAUAAAUUUCUGGCUUAGCAAAAAAAAAAAAAAAAAA